CUUGUCCCAUCACCUUCAUCGGAAGUGCUCUUAUUUUGAAGGCAGUGCUCAUACGCCAUUACCGUAAUGCCUAGUAUACGAACACCGCAAAAUAACGUGCGGGCUUGACUGUGUUUUUCCCAGCGCAGUGCAGCAUGUUCCGUCGCCCCCUCUCCAAAAGAGUUUCAACAGAACUCCACCAAUGCAACUGAGAGUGACCAGUUCCAAGCACACGAUGGAGUCCCCUGAAGCAGAGGCUUCGGCACACAGCGAAAGAAAAGACGACACUACAGCAAGCACGUCAAGUGCGUCAGGCCGAGGAGAAGAUGGAUCAAAAAAGCCAAAGAAAAGGACCAAACCUACAGGCGUAAAAGCCAAGAAGCAUAAAAAGGCCAGAGUCUCGAGGCCCGCUGGGCCGGGCUACACUGUCCAUCAAGGGGAAGACAUGCUUCUUGUCAUAUCGAGUUCCACUUCUCAGUACGACGGUUCGGCCUGGAACCCCCCAAAGAAGAGCGGCAAAAGGAAGAAACUUAAUAAAGUAAAAGUGAAAGCUAAUCAGACUAAGAAAAAGAAAAGCGUCCGUGCGAUGACUAAACGGGCGAAUAAGCCAGUUGCCACGGAAAGAGAGGAGAGUAACUUGUUUGUGCCUCAGAAGGCAUCAGACCACCGGUGGGGGGAAAGUCUCCCCGAGGAGGUGCUAAUCAGUAUUUUUCAGAUGGUGGUUGUCCAAGAUGGUGCUGUACCAUUUCUAUGCAGGGUCGGACAAGUUUGCCGCCUGUGGAACGCCGCGGCCUCCAGUGCGGUCCUGUGGCGUAAAGUCACUGUAGGUCACUGCUGGAUUGCACCGGGAAAAUCUCAGCUCCCAAAAACCGAGAAGAAGAUUAAGGACACUUUUAACUGGCUGGCACAGAACAGAUUCUCUCAGCUUCGAGACUUUUCUCUCUGUCACUGGUCAAAGAAUGUUCCCUUUGCAGUUGAGAUUGUGUCGCAGUUCUGCCCUCACCUACGUGCCCUCAAGCUCUCCUACUGUACAGGCCUGACGGCGACAGCCUUCCACACUCUGGCUCUACACGGCCGGUCUCUGGAGAGCAUCAAUCUCCAAUACUCAGAGUUUCAGGUCGAGGGACUCCUGGAGUACCUCGAAAAUCAUGGCAGCCAGAUCAAACAAAUUUGGUUCACUCAUGGAUCAAAGAAUGACCGACUUCUCAACGCCAUCACCAGGGGGAACUGUCCUGAUUUGGAGUUGCUGGAGGUCAACACUAAGCUCGACAGUAAAGGUUGUGAACUUCCCAUUUGCAUUCGGGCACUGCAGAUAGCAUGCCCUAAACUGAAGACCUUCCGCAUGCUGAAUGUCAGACCUCUGCAUAAGAUGAUGCGUAACGGUGCAGACUCAACGGCGGGCUUCCCGUUGAUGGAGGAGCUGUGUAUCGCUACCACGUCUUAUUCUUCUAUGACAGACAAAGACUUGAUGGACAUCCUCUUUGGCUCCACCAGGCUGCGGGUGUUGGACCUGCGAGGCUGUUCUCGAAUCACACCAUCCGGCCUCUCAACACUACCAUGUCUUGAGCUUGAGUGUCUGUUCUGGGGACAGUAUUUCAGCAGCAACGUUGGAUUGCCAUCACCUAAGAAGGGGCUUCACAUGGUGACCCAGAAAUGGAGUCGAACACUGCAACAGCUUGACAUCGCAAACCAGCUCUUCACCGAGGAGGACUUGGAGAUGGCGAUGAGUCACCUUGUUCACUCCACAGAGGCAGACGCCCUGCGUUCACUUAACCUGAGUGGGACCAGGAUCACACCACGUGCUCUAAGGCCAGUCAUCAGGCAAGUCACUGCUCUAAGCUACCUAAACCUUUCAUCCUGCCGGUACUUUGCAAGAGGACUGAAGAGAAUAUACCGUGGCCAAGAGGACAUUCGCCAGCUGCUGGACAAAUUUGAGUAGUUGCCAUAUUCAUUUGGUUCCAGAAAUGGAUCCAGGCUUAGAUGAAUGCCAAAACACACCUUUUUGUGGAUGAUGUGGUUCAAGUAAAGAUGGACAAUGGAUUGUUGUUGGAGGAAAGCGUUUUUGUAAAUGAUAUUUUCUAUGUAUAACAUGCUCAUGAAACCGUUCAUGCAAAAGCCCUCCUUACUGUUCUAGAAAGCAAGUGUGUGGAAUCCACUGAGAAAACCUGUUGCUGCUGUAAUACUGUCAGAUAUUACAAGGUAAGAGCACUGCCUGUUCUAAAUAGCUUAGGGCUGACAUUGACAUGUUCUAUUUAAAUACAUUCCUAUGAAUGACCUCAACUUCCAAUCUACAUAGACAUUCAGUUGUGUGCCCCCCAGAUUCCUAGUUUGUUUCCUCUUUUGUUUUAAAUACACAGAUACAUUUUUAUAAUAAUACCAUUCAAAGAUUUGUCAAUAAAUAUUUGACAUUAAAAUGAACGUUCACCACAUUGUUAUGAAGUGUCUUAGAAACCGUCUUUCCACUAGAGUACUCUCAAGGUAUAUGUACAUAAUGACAUAGUGAGGUCAUUAUUGUUGCAUUCAUACUGCUGUUGAGGGAAAUUGAAUAAAAGGUUUGUAAAUGAAA